AUUCCUCUUAACUCGUUCCUCUGAGCACGUUCAAACUUCUAUCCACUUUGUUUUUCUUUAAGGUGGAGGUUUGAAUCCAGGAGUUCAUUCUGAGCUGUUGUCGUCAUGCUGAUCAGAUUCCCAGUGAACCUGUUUAACCUGUGAGGGUUUCAUGGUCUGUUUUCUAAAGAGUUAAUUUGUUCUACUCAAAUGAGGAAGUGGGAGGAGACGAUGUGGUCAGUGCUUCAGUAGAAACUAAAAAGAAGAGCCUGUUUCUUUGAUUUACACCGCUCAGUGUUGGUCAAGUCUUCAUACAGAAGACAUGGCUGCAGCAUCGGCUCUGGUGUCUGAGGACAGUCUUCUUUGUCCGGUCUGUCUGAGUGUGUUCACUAAACCUGUGUCGAUUCCCUGUGGACACAACUUUUGUUUGGACUGUAUCACAGACUACUGGAGCACUCUGUCUGUACUGCAAUGUCCACUGUGCAAAGAGAUGUUUUACACCAGGCCGUUGCUUCGGGUUAACCCUGUCAUUGAUGAAAUGGCAGAAAAGGUUAAAAAAUCUGUUCAAGAAAUGUUGUUGAGUUCAGCUGAAGAAGCAGGAAAUGAGGAUGUGCUCUGUGAUUACUGCACAGGGUCCAAGGUCAGCGCCCAGAAGUCCUGUUUAAUGUGUUUAGUGUCCUACUGUCAAAAACAUCUGGAGCCUCAUCAGAGGAUUUCAGCUUUGAAGAAACACAAGCUGAUCGAUCCAGUUAAGGACCUGGAGAACAGAGUAUGUCAGGAUCACGGUGAGCCUUUGGAGCUAAUCUGCAGACUGGAUCAAAUGUUUCUGUGUCAGUCCUGUAAAUGCAGUGACCAUAAAACACAUGAAACAGUGAUUCUGGAGGACGAGGCUGAAAUGAGGAAAACCCAGCUGAGAUCAGAAAAUAACAGCAUGGAUCAGAUGAUCCAGGAACGUGAGCAGAAAAUCCAGGAAGUUCAACAGUCAGUGAAGACCAGCAGAAGUAAAGCUGAGGACGCGUUAUUGUACAGCAGGAAGGUGAUGACCGCUUUGGUGGAGCACAUAAAGACAGAGUUCACCAGACUGUCUGAGGCUAGCGAGAUGAAGCAGAAAAUAAAUGAGACAGAGGCAGAAAGCUUUAUUAAUGAGCUGGAGGCAGAGAUUACACACAUUAAAAAGAAGAAGCUGCAGUUUCAUGAAGCUUUGCUCAUCAGAGACCCCUUCAGGUUCCUGGAGAAUGUCCUCCCUCUUACCUACAAUAAACCCCAGCUGAAGGACUGGUCUGCUGUGACUGUAACCAGUGACCAGUUUAUGAUUCAGGAGACCAUGGCCGAGCUGGAGACAAAAGUCAGAGAAGAAGUCAGCACACUGUGUAAUAUCAACUUCAGAGGUGGGAAACAACAGAGGACGAGUAACGUCUCAAAAUACAAGGACAUCAUCUCCAGAAGUGAUCUGAUCAGUUCAGGACCUCCUGCUGUCUACCAGCUGAGAGCAAAGAAACAGAAGUUUGGAACAAGAAUGACUGUUGGAGAAAAAAAACAAGACAAGAUAAACAGAACCAUCUUACUUAUGGGAGAAACAGGAGCAGGAAAAUCUACACUGAUCAACGCUCUGCUCAACUACACUAUGGGAGUGAAGUGGGAGGAUGGAGUCUGGUUUACGAUUGUAGAGGAGAAGAAGAAAAGUCAGACAUCAGAUGUGAUCGUGUACGAGAUCUUUGGUUUUGAAGAUAAAACUCUGCCCUACUCUCUGACCAUCAUCGAUACUCCGGGAUAUGGAGACACCAGAGGGAUUGAACAUGGUGGCAUCUUCAGUCACAGAUUAUUGAACUUGCUGGAUGGAGUCCAUGAAGUUCACGCAGUGGGUCUGGUGAUGAAGGCAACAGAGAAUCGACUGAGUGAUCGACUGAUGUACGUCUUUGAUUCAGUGAUGUCUCUGCUUGGAAAAGAUGUGGAGCAAAACAUCAUAGCUCUGAUCACACACUCAGAUGGAAGCAAACCUAAAAAUGCUUUUAAAGCUCUUGAAGAUGCAAAAAUUAAAUGUGCCAAAAAUAAGAAGAAUCAGUCUGUUUACUUCUUGUUUAAUAACUGCCAGCUUGAAGAUGAGGCAGAAAAAUACCUGAAACUAAAUUUUGAAAGCUCAGAGAGAGGAGUGAGAGGGUUCACAGCUUUCCUGAAAGAAACUACACCUCUGCAGCCAGAAGUGACACCUGAAGUGUUAAAGGAAAGAAUCAGACUGACAGCCUGCAUCCAAAACCUACAAGAAAGAAUCAGAUUCACUGAAGUUAAACAAAGAGAGAUGAAACAGACUCGGGAAGCUCUGCAGAAGAAUGAAGUGGUCACUCCAUGUGUUGUUUUUAAACAUAAAGAACCUAUCAGAGCAGAGACGUGUGGGGUGGGGGUUAAAGCAGCUGUCAGCUGUACAGUCUGUGAGGAGAACUGUCACUAUUCUGGAUGCACAGUGUCCUUAAAUCACUGUGAGGUCUUUAGAGAUGGUCUCUGUACGUCAUGUACCAACAAGUGUCCUGCAUCAGAGCAUGUGAAAGAAAAGUGGAGAUAUGUGACCAGGAUAAGGAGAGGUCAGAAGAACAAAACACGAACAAAAAAGAAGGACGUUCAUUUUCUUGAAAAGGAAAUGAACAAACUGACAGCAGAGAAGUCCCAGUUCCUGGAUGAGUCCUACCAGCAUGUAGUCAGACUGGAGGAAAUCGCUCUGAAAGCUGAUUCAGUGUCCACUAUUGUCCACUUGGACUUCCUGAUUGAGAAGAUGAAGGAGAAAGGAGACGCAGAGAAGAUCAAGAAACUGGAGGAGAUGAGAAGAAGAGAGGAUGAAGGAAUUAGAGGAGCUCUGAGGAUCAGUUUGAUCUCAUCACCACAUGAAGACAUCAUCUCACACAGUUUUCUCAUCAGGUCAGGACCUCCUGCUGUCUACCAGCUGAGACUGAAGAAAGAGGAGUUUGGAACUCUGACAAGAAUGACUGUUGGAGAAAAAAAUCCAAAUAAGAUAAACAGAACCAUCUUACUUGUGGGAGAAACAGGAGCAGGAAAAUCUACUCUGAUCAACGCUCUGGUCAACUACACCAUGGGAGUGAAGUGGGAGGAUAGAGUCUGGUUUCAGAUCGUAGAGGAGGAGAAGAAGAGUCAAAUAGGACGACAGACAGAAAGUCAGACAUCAGAUGUGAUCGUGUAUGAGAUCUUUGGUUUUGAAGAUAAAACUCUGCCCUACUCUCUGACUAUCAUCAAUAGUCCUGGAUAUGGAGACACCAGAGCGUCUGAUUAUGAUGACACCAUCAGUUACAGAUUACUGGACUUGUUUCAAUCAGAUGAUGGAGUCCAUGAAGUUCAUGCAGUGGGUCUGGUGAUGAAGGAAAUGAAAGUGCUGACAGCAGAAAAGGAAAAGUGGCUAAGUGACUCCUACCACCAUGCUGUCAGACUGGAGGAAAUCGCUCUGAAAGCUGAUUCAGCAUCCACUAUUGUCCACUUGGACUUCCUGAUUGAGAUGAUGAAGGAGAAAGGAGACACAGACAAGGUCCAGAAACUGGAGGAGAUGAGGAGAGAGGAUGGAGGAACCAAAGAAGCACAGAGGUACAAACUUGGUCAAACACCAUCAGCUAGCAAAAACAUUGGGAGACCCUCCCUCUGGUAUAAGUGA